UUAAAUCUGAGAUCAUUUAGGGUGGUUUUAUUUUUUUUAAUUAUUAUCUGAGUUAGAAUUUAUAAACUUGCCAAAAUUAUGACAACUAUUGACUGCAAUCACAGUAAGGGAUAAUGGGAAAACAUUCAUUUGGUUUCAAAAGAAUGGAAGAAGAUAAAAAGACAGAGUUGGAAGAAUAAGUGAUCGCAAAAUAAAGACGAAGGAAGAGGAGAGGUAGCAGAGGAGGUAGAAGGGGAGAAUUCCAAACUAAAGAUUUUGGAAUGAAAUAAUGAUGCAAUUUUGAACUAGUUAUUGAGGAAGGACAGCGUAAAUGUAUCCUUAAUGGAAUGAGUGACAAUAAGAUGUGCAGGAGAAUCUCAGGAGAGCAAAGGAUGUGGAGACAGAGGAUGAAAUCCAUGUGGCAUAUCCAGUUUGUAUGCCAACCAAAAUGUUGGCAGUACAAAUCCACCUGCCACUCCUUGGAAACCCUGUGAGGCAGUUCUACUCUGUCUUAUAGGGUCGCUAAGUGUCAGAAUCAACUCCACAGAACCUAACGACAACAACAAGAAUCUGAAGGGUGAGGAAGCUAUCACUUAAUCUUCUGAUGAAAAUGUUAUUGGAAUCAAAUGUUUAUAUGAUGGCAAAGAUACAUAAUUAUAAGUUUCAAGACAGAACAGAGAUGAACAGAUGUAACACCAUUCAAAAGGCUAAUAAAAAGGGAUAGGAGCAAAAGAAGUAAAUUAGUAAAUCAGAGUUUCAGAAAUGGAGUUUUGAAAAGGGGAACCUAAACAUUUAUGUAAAAUCAAGAAGUGCAUGAACAUACGUGAAAAACUUAAGAUGACAUGUCAUUGGGAGGAGAAGCCCUGGUGGCACAGUGGUUAAAGUGCUCAGCUGCUAACUGAAAGGUCAGUGGUCCUAACCCACCAGCUGCUUCAUGGGAGAAAGAUGUGGCCGUCUGCUUCUCUACAGAUUAUAGCCUUGGAAGCAAAUUGGGGCAGUUCUCUGUCCUACAUGGUCACUGUGAGUAGGAAUUGACAAGACAGCAGUGAAUUUUGUUUCUAAUUGAGAUCAUAAACAUCAGUGGAAAAGGAGAGAGAAUGAAGACUAGAGCUGGUGAAUUUACCUUUGGAUAUGGAUGAAUCCAUUUCAGGGAGAAAAGAUGAGUGAAAAUACAUAAGAAAUGUUUUAUAUUUAAAUUUUUACAACACUAGGAUAACAUCUUACAGGUUUUUUCAGUGUAUGAUAAAGUAUGUUCUUAUUGAGAAGAGGCUGUGGCACCAUCAAUAUUUUAUUCUACUCGAUGGGUAAAAAUGCAGGUCAUUAUACAUUGUUCUAUUAAAUUCACAACGUACAGCUCAGCAAGGUCAAGAAAUAUGGAGCAAUAUAGAAAAUGAUUUUGAACCAUUCCCAUGGCUAACUUAAUACUCAAAAUUUAGAAAAUCAAAGGAAUGUUUUAUGUAUGAUUUAAUUUAAUCCAAAAAUUAGGUUUUCAUGGUUUCUACAGUACUUAGAAGGCAGAAAUGGAACCAAAUUAAUGGUCAUCUUGCCUGAGGAUCAUGGAUUGGAAUGGUAGGAAGCAGUGAAGCUAAGUAGGAUCAGCAUUUCUAGCGGAAGAAAUGUGGCAUUGUGUCAUUUGAGCACACAAACCUAGAUUUGAAUUUCUGCUCUUACAUUUUUAUUUUCAUGGCUUAAUAAUUUCCUUGACCUUUUGGUCAAGCAUGCCAGCGAUGAUGAGGAUGGACUCGAGCAUGCCGGUGAUGAGGAUGGCACAGAACCACCAGUGAGUGAUUCAUUCUGUGUACAUGAGAGCGCCACAAGUCGGAGGCAACUCCACAGCAACUCACAACAGCUAACCAGUAUCAACUAGAGAGAAUAAAACUGGAUAAAUGUGAAAAUAAACUAAAUGUGAGACAAUAAACAUACUUAGGCUAAUUUCUUUCCACAUUCUUCUUCUUCUUCUUUUUAUUUGGAUUAUUCACCUUUUUCUCUGCUAUUCGAAGCAAAGUACCCAAAGAUGCCCAACUCUACCACAGUCACUGAAUUCCUGCUUAUGAGGUUUUCUGAUGUGUGGAAUUUCAGAGUCUUGCACGCCAUGUUAUUCCUCAUGAUGUACGUGGCAACCCUGCUGGGGAACCUUCUCAUUGUCACAGUAACCACUCUCGCCCAGAGUCUUCACACUCCCAUGUAUUUCUUCCUUAGAAAUCUGUCUGUCCUGGACAUGUGCUACAUUUCCGUCACUGUACCCAAGGCAUGUGUCAUCUUCCUGCUUGACAACAGGGUAAUCUCCAUGGUUGGAUGUGCAGCUCAGAUCUUCCUUGUGAUUUUGUUUGCUUUUGCAGAGCUGCUAUUUCUCACCAUCAUGGCCCGUGACCGCUAUGUGGCCAUCUGCCAACCCCUCCACUACCCUGUGAUCAUGAACCCUCGGGCCUGUGUCCAAAUGACACUGGCCACCGUAUUCAGUGGUCUGAUCUAUGCAGGUGUGCACACUGGCAAUGCAUUCCGGUUGUCCUUCUGUCAUUCCAGUGUGGUCCAUCAGUUCUUCUGUGAUGUCCCAUCUCUACUCAAACUCUCCUGCUCUGACACUCUCAGCAAUGAGAUUGUAAUUUUUGUCUCUGCAGUAGUUAUUGUAGGCGGCUGCUUUAUCUUCAUCAUCAUGUCUUAUAUUCACAUAUUUUCUGCUGUGCUCAAGCUUUCAACCAGAGGAGAGCAAGGAAAGGUCUUUUCUACCUGUGUUCCUCACAUUCUUGUGGUGACAGUCUUUGUCAUCUCAGUCACUGCUAUGUAUCUGAAGCCAACCUCCAAUUCACCGACAACUCAGGACAUGAUCAUUUCUUUGUUCUACUCUGUAGUCCCACCUUUCCUAAAUCCUAUUAUCUAUAGUCUCAGAAAUAAGCAGAUAAAGGAGGCUAUAAGGAGAGUUAUGAGUAGAAUGCUCUAUUCAAGAAAAUGAUACGGUUGUUAUUUUAAGACAUUUCUCCUUUGAUGAAGUGAGUUGAAAAAUACUUCAAAAUUAGCUUUCUUGCAUACUUCCAAAAUUGGGGGACCUGAUUUUCAGCAUAGAAACAAUGUUGUUGUUGUUAGUUGCUAUCAAGAGGUUCCUACUCAUGGCAAUCUUAUCCAUAACAGAAUGAAAGUUUCCCCAGUCCUGCACCAUCUUCAUGUUCAUUGAUACAUUUAAGUCCAUUAUUUGGCUAUUGUGCCAAUCCACCUCACUGAGGAGUUUUUUUUUCCUUUGUUGACACUGAAACCUUAUUAAUCUUUAACAAACAUUUUGGUAGAAACAAUAUAUUUAUAUUUCAUUUUGAGGUUUCCCCUCCCCAAAAUGUACAUUCCCUGAUGCCUGAAGUGUGACAG